CUUACAAUAAAGAUGGAAAGAUGACAGUAGCAUCUAGGACUGAUAAACAGCCUAUUCUAGAUAAGCAAAAUAUUAGACAAUUGAUAAGGACUGUGAAGAAAAGUUGGAAAACAGUAAUAGAAGAGAUAAUACAUAAAUUUGCAUCUGAAUUUAAUAUUUUG